AAGGGGCCGAUGCGAAUUGCAACCCAACAAAGACUGUUGAAAAGGUCAUUUUCUAUUCCUUGUAUUUCCAAAGUUUUCGAUAUAAAGCCCAGAGCCCAUUGAGAAAAUAGAGAGAGGGAGAGAGAGAUAAAGAGGAAGAGAGGGAAAGAGAGUUCUCUCUCUGCCGCUGGUUCUAGGGUUUUUGCUUUAGUGAGCGAAGGUUUAAUCCGUAGACGAUGAGUAGAUCGAGCGGAACGGUGAAGUGGUUCAGCGACCAGAAGGGUUUUGGCUUCAUAACCCCCAACGAUGGCAGCGAAGAUCUGUUCGUGCACCAAUCCUCGAUCAGAUCCGACGGCUUUCGCAGCCUCGGCGAGGGGGAGACCGUCGAGUACGUGGUCGAGUCCGGCGACGACGGACGUACCAAGGCCGUCGACGUGACCGGCCCUGAUGAGUCCCCCGUUCAGGGCAGCCGUAGGGACUCCUACGGUGGCGGUAGGGGAGGCCGCGGCAGCGGCGGCGGCGGGUACGGAGGAGGCGGAUACGGCGGCGGAGGUGGGUACGGUGGAGGAAGGGGCGGUGGAAGAGGCGGACGCGGUGGUGGAUAUGGCGGUGGUUAUGGAGGCGGCGGCGGCGGUGGGGGGGCGUGUUUUAGCUGCGGGGAGACGGGGCACAUGGCGAGGGACUGUAGUUACGGAGGCGGAGGUGGUGGCGGAGGAAGGUACGGUGGCGGAGGAGGCGGCGGUGGCGGAGGCUGCUACAACUGCGGCGGGGAAGGGCAUUUUGCGCGAGAAUGCCCUAAUAGUGCUCGCUGAAAUGUUUCAACCAGAGAGGCUAAAGGUGUAUUUUUUACAUGCUGAGCCUCCUUAAUGCUGCUUUAGUUUUGCUGUUUUGUGUUUUUGCUGGUACAAGUAUUGGUGUUUUCAGAAGAAGGGGUUGUUUUCUGCUUAGUUCUUACUUCUAAUAUGGUUUCAAGAACUGUUCUCUUUAAUGGGUUUUACUAUUAUCUUCAUUCUCCUCCCUUGAUAUGAUUAUCCAUCUUCCCUUUCUUUAUAUAUGGAUGAAUUUCGAUGUAUGCUUGGCUUAGAAGAGAUUAAGGUUGAUGCUGAUGGGUUCUAUGUC